AUGAGUAGCACAGAAUAUGUACAAAUAAAGGAUCUGAAACCUGGAAUGAAGAAUAUUAACGCUAUUUUUAUAGUAUUAGAGGUAGGCCCGCCGACGCUGACGAAGGAGGCGCGCGAAGUGCGCACGUUGCGCGUGGCGGACGCUACGGCGUCCGUCAAUCUGUCUGUAUGGGACGAGCCUGGCGCGCUGCUGCAGCCGGGCGACAUCGUGCGCCUGACGCGCGGCUAUGCUUCUCUCUGGCGAUCUGCACUCACCCUCUAUUCUGGUAAAUCUGGCGAUAUUCAGAAAGUUGGAGAGUUCUGUAUGCUGUUCAAUGAACAAGUUAACAUGAGUGAGCCACAGCCGACCCCACCGCCUGCCGUAUCCGCACCACCUCCGGAUCGCACAAAUGGUGCCCAUGCUCCAGCACGAAAUAUGGUUCCUACUUCUCAACCGUCUGCUCCUGGCACUCAACAAAUGGCACCCAAGAAUGAGCGCUUUUCACAGAACAAUCAAGAACACAACAGCAAACACCAACAUAAAACUUAUGUGCGUGGCCGUGGUCAUCAAAGAGGAAAUAGCAGGAGG